UAUUUUUCUGGAUAUAUACCAUAACUUAAAUAUCUUAGAAAAAAUACAAAACAAAGUAAUAAGAAUUAUAUUAAAAUGUGACUAGAAUGUUGAACAGAAGUGUUGAAAUUGCUCGGUUGGAUCAGCAUAAAAAUAGAAUAAUUGUUAAUAACAUCAAAAUUACAUAUUUUAGACAUUAUGUUAAACAAAUUGCGAGUUACAUCCGCAUAACACUAGACAAGCUAGUUAUUUUCAUGGAAAUAACCAAUCUAAUAGAGCAGGGCAGUCAUAGUUCGUAUGCGGUUUAAAACUAUAUCAUUAAAUCAAAAUUUUAUUAAAAAAAAAGACUUCUUCAAACAUUAGAAGAAACUUAACUAAAAUAUAGUGUACAUUUAUUUUAAUCUCUUGUAAAAUUUGCUAAAUAAAUAAAUGAAAGUAACUAAAGCUAUUAAAAAAAAAGUACUACCUCUUAUUUGGGAUAUGAUCAAAGUUUAGAAAACCAUUCCGAAGUUAAAAGAACUUUGCAAAAGCAUAAGACAAAAUAGCUUGAUAAAUGGCUAAAGCAAAUUUGUCAGGUUUCAGCCUUUUCAAGUUUUCUUUGAGAAAAAAAUCAAGAUGGGUUGUCUGGAAAAACUUCAAGAUAAAGUACCAUGUUUUAUGUCCAGAAAAUUUUCGUUUACCACUAUGACAUUUCUUCUAACGACUUUUUUUCUUAUUGAAAUAGUUGUUGGUUAUAUAACAAAUUCAAUGGCAUUAAUAGCUGAAGCAUUUCACAUGCUCUCAGAUGUUGUAUCUUUAAUUGUUGCUUGGUUAGCGUUAAAGUACUCUUCAAAACAAGCACCAAAGGAUAAAUAUACAUAUGGUUAUGCACGCGCAGAAGUACUAGGGGCACUUGUGAAUGCUGUAUUUUUAGUUGCUUUAUGUUUUUCAAUUUUUAUUGAAGCAGUAAAAAGACUUGUUAUUGUUGAACCAAUUGAAAAUCCAAUUUUAGUGUUUUGGGUAGGAGCAGCUGGACUCAUUGUGAAUCUAUUUGGAAUGUUUUUAUUUUAUCAAACAGGACAUGGUCAUUCUCAUGGCGGAGUUUCACAUUCCCAUUCUCAUGGAAAUGAAAAUGAUAAGCACAGUCACGGAAAAGAGUCAAAAUCUCAUUCUCAUUCACACGGAAGUAAAAAUGAUAAAAACUUAAAUAAAAAAUUGUCAAGUCAUUCAAAUGAUGAUAAAAAAACUGUGAAUAAGGAACUAUCAAAGCAUAUACAUAUUCACACAAAUUCACCUGGUAAAAUAUCUCACCGAAGUAACAAUGAAAUUUCUUCUAGUAGCAACAAUGGUCACUCUCAUGGUGGGGAGAAUGGGCAUUCUCAUGGUGGUGAAAAUGCGAAUGGUGAACAUUCACAUGGUGGUAACAACAGACAUUCACAUGGUGGUGACAAUGGGCAUUCACAUGGUAAGGAUAACGGGCAUUCACACAAUGUUGACAAUGGACAUUCACAUGGUGGUGACACAACAAACCAUUCAGAUACUCAAGAUUCAUGGAAACAUCUUUGCAUAGAUGAUGAUGAAAAAAAUACGCACAAAUGGGAAGAAACUAAAAAGCUUUUAAAUGAAGAAAAAAAUGAAGAUUCAUCCAUUGAUAUGAACUGUGAAAAGCAAGAAUCAAAAACACAAUCUGCUGGUCAAUUAAAUAUUCAUGCUGUCUACCUACAUAUUCUUGGGGAUGCCUUAGGUAGUGUAAUUGUCAUGACUAGUGCCCUAAUUAUUGUAUAUGCAACAGGAACGUGGACGUUGUAUGUCGAUCCAACUAUGUCAAUUAUAAUGGUCAUGAUAAUUCUGAAAACCUCUAUACCAUUACUUGUUAAUACUUCUAAAAUUUUAAUGAACUCAGUACCCAAUCAUAUUCAAGUAAAAAACAUGAAAGAGCGUCUAUUAAAAAAAAUACCGCAGAUACGUAAUGUUCAUGAGCUGCACGUAUGGCAACUUGCUGGCGAUAAAAUUAUUGCUUCAGUUCACGUAAAAUUUGCUACACCACAUGAUUAUGAAGAGACAUCUCUAAAAAUUAAAGAGUUUUUCCAUAAUGAAGGAAUACACUCUACAACUGUUCAAAUUGAAUUUGAAAAACAAGAUAAUGAAGUUGAUAGACGCGGCCACUGCAUGGUUUUAUGUUCAUUAGACAGUGCAUGCGAUGAAAUGAUGUGCUGCAAGCCAGGAGAUGACAGCAAAUAAAAUUAUUUUUUCAUCGGUUCUUUAUUAUUUUUUAAACUAAAAAAUUUAUUUUUUGUAUGUAUUGUAUCUAGUAUUAAAAAUGGUGACGCGAUCAUGUGCUACAAGCCUGGAAAUGACAACAAUUAAAAAUUAUUUUUGUUAUUAAAUGUUUAUUUUUUUAUAUAAAUUGUAUUUAGUAUUAAAAAAUUUAUAUCAAGAUAUUUUAGUUUCUACAUUAUUUAAAUAUAAAUAUUUGGCGUAUUUAUUUAAAUAUUUAUAUAAAUAUUUGACGUAUUUAUUUUUUUAACAGACUUAUUAUAAAUGUAUUAUUAUUAAUGUUUGUAUUAUUUAUUAUAUGAGAUAAAUGUGCAUUUAUUCUGACUUUAUUACAUAAUUUUUUUAUAUUGUAUUUUAUGUUAAAAAGUACUAAACGAUAAGUCUGUGUAGUUUACGCAAAA